AUGCGCCUCUCGUCGGGCCCGGNCUGUCGACGGGAGCGCGAAUGCCCCGCGAGGCCUCCUUUUCCGGAGCUUCGCCCUGAGCAGCGAAGGGCCGGGCGAGCUCUUGGGGGGCGCGGGCCCAGGAGGGAUCCCAAAGGCCGGGCAGUUGAGCUGGACAGAGACAUUUUCCAGCCGAAGCCUUACUGGAAAGAAUUCAGGUUCGACGUAACUCAGAUCCCGACGGGGGAGACUGUCAUGGCGGCCGAAUUCCGAAUUUACAAGAUGAAAAGUUUCACCUGCCAUGUUAAUCAGACCCUUCAUAUCAGCAUUUACGAGGUCAUUCAAGAGCAUCAGAACAGGGAAUCCAAGCGCGUGUUCUUAGAUCUUCAGGAAUCUCUGGCUGGCAUGGAUGGAUGGCUGACCUUCGAUGUCACAGCUGCUAGUAACCACUGGUUGUUGAACCGGAAAUACAAUCUGAGGUUGAGACUUUAUGUGGAGACAGAGGAUGGAGAGAGUGUGGACCCAGGCCUGGCCGGCCUCCUGGGUCGCCAAGGACCACGUUCCAAGCAGCCCUUCGUGGUGACCUUUUUCCAGGAGAGCGAAAACCAGGUCAGGCUCCCCCGAGCAGCCAAGCAGGCAAAGCGACGGCCGCAGACCAGGAAGACCCACAACUUCCCACACUCCAACAGGCUCCCGGGGCUUUUUGAUGACGUCUAUGUUUCUGAGUACAGCCAGGUCUGCCGAAGGCACGAGUUGAACGUCAAGUUUCAGGAUUUUGAUUGGCUGGACUGGGUGAUUGCCCCCCAGAGUUACCCCGCAUUCUACUGUGAUGGAGACUGUGUGUUUCCCCUGAAUUCCUCCAUGAACGCCACCAACCAUGCCAUCGUCCAGUCACUGGUCCACCUGAUGAAGCCCGAAGCUGUUCCCAAGGCUUGCUGUGCCCCCACGAAGCUCAGUGCCAUCUUCGUUCUCUUUUAUGACAGCAACAACAACGUUAUCCUCAGGAAAAAGCGGAACAUGGUGGUGAAGUCCUGUGGCUGCCACUAACACUGUGGCAGACCCAGACCCUUUCUGG